AUGUCUUCGUCAGCCUUUACCUUCCAGCCAACUGGCGCACUGAUUCAAGAAUUCAACGUCGGAGGGCAAAAUAUCGUUUUAGGCUUCCCCACCAUCGAACCUUACAAAGAUGCACCAUUCUUCGGCGAGACGAUUGGACGCGUUGCAAACCGGAUAAAGAAUGGUCGCAUCGAAAAUCUCAACGGCAAGUCUUAUCAGCUCUAUCAGAACGAUGGCAAACAGUCUCUGCAUGGCGGAAAAAGUGGUUGGGGCAAGCAGAAAUUCUCCGGUCCUGAGCCGAUAUCGAAGGAUGGGAAGGAAAGCGUCAGAUUCACCUACGUCAGCAAGGAUGGUGAGGAGGGCUAUCCGGGGACGGUGAAGUUGCAGGUCGACUACACUGCAUUUGAUGAGCAAGAAGGCAAUGCGACCAAGACUGUGCUGAUCACGGAGUAUGAAGUGGAGUUGGUUGGCGAUGAGGUCGAAGAGACCGUCGUCAAUGUCACGAAUCACAGCUACUUCAACGUCACUGGUACGGAAAGCAUAUCCGGCACAGAGGCAACUCUGGGAACAUCCAAGUACCAAGUGGUUGACGAUGCAGCAAUACCGACUGGUGCUAUCGAGGACUGGCCUGGCGUGAAAGCCAACGAGCCGUUCGAAUUGGGUCCAACAGAGCCAGACAUCGACCAUUGUUUUGUGCUGAACGCUGAGGACCCGUCGUGUCCGCUUGAUACAAGGCAGUCUACUCUCAACAAGAUUGUGACUUUGUUCUCUGCCAAGAACAGAAUUCAUCUGGAAAUCUUCAGCACCGAACCAGCCUUCCAAUUCUACACAGGCAAGUUCAUCGAUGUGCCCGCGACUAAGGACACUCCCGCUCGCAAGGCUCGCGCUGGUCUCUGUGUUGAGCCCAGUCGAUGGAUUAACGCAAUCAAUGUUCCAGAGUGGCGAGAUCAAGUGUUGUUGAAGAAAGGACAGAAAUGGGGAUCUAGGACUGUGUACAAGGCGUGGAAAGAUUGA